UGGAAAAAUGAAAAUAUCAAAAUGGAUCAGAUAACAACGAGCGAUUCUAUUAUUAUAGAAGAAAAUAUACUUUCAGAUGAUGACGAAAAGAUUAGAGUGUAUGGUUCAACUCGACUCACAUCACCAUCGAAGCCGAAGUCCCGCGAUGACGACCAAUCAAAGGAUGCUGAAUAUGGAGAUAAUAGAAAGGAUGGGACAAAGGCAACAAGUUUGUUGCUUCCAUCACCAAGUGUGAGUCGAAAAAGCAGUUCACGUUCCGCAGAUACGCAUGUUUCCACACGAUCAUUUGCUGAUUCAUCCAGUUGGCUACAGCAUCCUAAGAUUAGAGAGAAUUGGAAAGUUGUGAUUGGGGCAUUCUUGCUUACAUUGAUUGGAUCAGUCUUGUUUUUAGUUGGAGUAGGAAUUGUUGUUUCACCAGGUCGAGGCAUGCACUGUCUUGUUUUCUUUAUUGGUGGAUUAUUAUGUCUGAUUCCUGGAGCUUACCAUUUGGUGUAUAUAUACCUGGCUGUGAAAGGAUUCGAGGGCUACAGCUUGUAUGAUCUUCCGGUGUUUAACUGACAAUACAAUUCCCUUUUUCUUCAUUCUCACAGACUGUAUAAAUGACAUUCCAUGAAUUGUGUGCAAUACAUCAGCUUUUCAUCUUUAACAGACUGGUUCCCUUUCCAGUAAGUGGUGAAUGAAGUUAUCUGAACAGGCUGGUUUCCAGGCAUAAUUCUAACUUUCAAUGUUUGAUAGUUUUUUUAUAGCUUGCAUACUUAUAUAUGUUAUAUUUCUUGAUUUUUUUUUUUGUUCAUAAAAAGAAAUUAUGAAAGCAAAGUAGGAUUAAUUACAUAUAUUCUGAAUAAAAAAAAAUCAUAGCUUAAAGUCAUGUGACUUUAAUUGCAUAUAGUAACUAUCUUUGUUUUAAAAUCUAGCAUUUGGUAAUGUAGUGUUAAGAUAAGAGACUGUGUUUUGUAAAUUUUGCAUCAAAUUUGUGUUUUUACUGCAUAAUAUUACAUUUGUCAUAACUGCAAAGUAUUUGCAGUUAAAUGAAAUUUGUCAUAAAUUUAAAGUGAAUUGGUCUAUAAUGGAAGCUCAGUACAAUAAAUAAUUGAUUGUAUUUAGCAUCAGAUAUGCAACAAACUACGAAAGAAUAAUAUGUGGAUCUUGUUGGCAAGUGUGUAAUAUGUGAUUGGAUAUUUACGUAAAUUUACAUAGCAAAUAAUCAAAUAUUCAUGAACAAAAUAUUAUUAUUCAUCAUAUAAAUGUUUAUGCUAAAUCACUUAGAACUUUAUCAACAUUUUUUACAAGUAAAUAAUUAUAUCUGUUUAUCCAAAUGAUACAUUUUUAUUGCUUUUAUCUAUUUUUGAAUUAAAUAUUGAAAAUAUGCUCAUUGUAGGCCAAUUCACUUUAAAGCACAUUUUUAAAGGAAAUUUUUACUGGAGAUUGUACAGGCAUUGCAGCUUGCACCAACAUUUCUUUUUCAUGUGAUACACUAAAAAGUUUUUUCAAACUGGUAAAAGGGUAAAAUUUACAUAUAGUGAUUGCUCAUAAUUAUUUGAUCUUUAUGGCUUUGUAAAAAGAAGAGACACCUAUUUAUAUAGAGGUCACUAGGUCAAGGUCACAGCAUCAGAUUUGAACUCAUUUUCUGUUGAAUAAUUCUUAAAUACAUGAAUGACUUAUACUAGUUAUGCACAGAGUGCAUGGACUUAGUUUAUGACCUAUGAAUUUAUGGCUUUGGAAGUUGUGGUCAAUUAGUUAAAGGUCAAGGUCACUAUAACCAUGACAAUCAUGGCUGAAAAUUGUUCAGAUGAAUGAUUAUAGUUUA